GCCCCAUCACCGACAAAAAACUAAAGCUCUCUCCGCGUCUCUCUCGCCCGUGUCUCCCUUCGGUGUCCUUCUGAUCACCUCUCUCUUCUCGGGCUCUGCUGCUACUAAUAAUUAGGGCACGAACUCUCACCCACUUCGUGUCGAGGAGAAAAAGAUCAAGAAUUCUAUCACAAGGAAGAGGAAAAGCUCUGCGCUUUGGUGUCAUCUUUGAUUCCAAGGUCAUGUAGAUUGGUGCUCUCAAGAAGCAAAGGUCAUGUAGAUCGGAGAUAUUUAUCCCUUUUGCUUUGUUUUUCUUCUUGAUUGGAGCCUUGGAAUUGUGGGAUACUGAGAAAGGGGGGAGAACGAUGAGCGUUUCGAUCACGGUGAUGACCUUUAAUCUCCAUGAGGGAGACCAGCCGAGCGAAAGCCCCAACUCGUGGGAGAAGCGUAGGGAUCUCUGCAUCAGCGUCAUCACCAGCUACUCCCCAACUAUCCUCUGCACUCAACAAGGGUUGAAGUGGCAGUUGGAGCACCUCCAGCAGUGUUUACCAGGUUAUGAUCAAUUUGGGGUUUCAAGGAAAGGAUCCCAGGAUACCUCAGAUGAACACUGCACAAUCUUCUAUGAUAAGGAAAAGGUGGAGCUUCUUGAAGGUGGUACCUUUUGGUUGUCAGAAUCCCCCUCUGUUCCAGGAAGCAUAUCAUGGGGAGCCACAGUUCCAUGUAUUGCUACAUGGGCGACAUUUCAACUUAAGAGAGUUGAACCACCAGGAUUCAGCUUCCAGAUUGUAAAUACAAACCUUGAUGAAUUGAGUCCCCGUGCACGAAGACGAAGUGCUUUACUCACAUGGCAACACAUAGCAUCUUUGCCACCUAACUUGCCAGUUGUAUACUGUGGAGGAUUUAACACACAAAAGGAGUCCACAACUGGGCGUUUUUUGCUUGGGAGAUCUAGGGAGCAUGGUGUUGUUGGUGAUAUGAGAGAUGCCUGGCCAAAUGCUCGGGUUCGGAAAAAUGUCUCUUUGAUACGCACAUAUCAUGGAUUCAAAGGAGACAAACAAGGUGCUAUGGAGUUCCUAAAGUUGAUAUUCAGAGCUCUUUGCCUCUGCUGGGAUCGCCAGACUCAGGAUUUGCAUAUUGACUGGAUCCUCUUUAGAGGGCGCUCGCUGGUCCCAGCAUCUUGUGAAGUUGUGAAUGAUAAUAUUGAUGGUUUAUAUCCAUCAUCACAUUAUCCUAUCUUUGCUGAGUUUAUGCUUCCACGUACCGUGCGGUUGCUUGAUACGCCCACUUAAAUCAAGUGUUUUGGUUAAAAUAUCCUGGCAACUGAUUGCAACUGUGUGCCUCAAAUAUUAAAAGAAUAUCGGAGAGGUGUUAAGCUUGGAGAGCUUGAUCUCAUUACCACGGGGAACUACUAGAACUCCACUUGGCAUCGACACCAUAUAUGACUGCAAGUUUCAUUUUAGUCUUGUUUUCUGCUCCCAUUGCGGACUAAAUUUAGGCAUGUUGGUGAGAUAUCCAUUAGUGUGAAACGGUUAAUUUUUGAAAGCAAUGUGAUGUAAUUAUAUGAUGAAGCUGCGGCGUCCCUCCCUCAAGAUUCUAUCAGGUUGUAGGUCUCAUGGGAAAUCGCUGAUGUCUGGUUAUGUUUGCUUGAUAUUGCUGUUGUAAUUCUUUAUUUUAAAUAGUGCUAUUAGUAAUUUUUUACAAAUGAAAUUAGUAAUUCGUGAUCUGCUGGUCAGUA